CGCUGGUACACAGAGCGCUAUGGACGGUGCGCGCGGGCUGCCGGGGGCUCCAUAACAUACUCACAAGCGCGGUGUGGAGGAUGCCGGUGUUGGGCUUGAGCGUGUUAGUGGUGCUGCUCUGUCUGCGGGAGGUUGGCACUCUGCAGAUUCAGUGUUAUCAGUGUGAGGAGAUUCGGCAAGAUGACUGCUCAUCACCAGAAUUCAUCGUUAACUGCACUGUUAAUGUGCAGGACAUGUGCCAGAAGGAAGUACUUAUCAUGGAGGAUGGUGUACACUACAGGAAGUCAUGUGCGUCAUCUGGUGCAUGUCUGAUUGCAUCAUCAGGCUAUCAGCAGUUCUGUACCGGGAAGCUCAACUCUGUCUGCAUCACCUGCUGUAACACACCGCUGUGUAACGGGCCACGGCACAGACGCCGCCCACCCGGAUCUCCUGCCCCACCCCUCUUCCUCUUGCCCCUCUCACUUCUGUUCAGCUCCACCUUCCUGUCAUUGUCUUUCUCUCACUGUCUGUCUCUCCACUGGUCUGUCUCACUCAAUGAUGCUUCAACUCUGCACACUCGCUGUCUUUAAAUCACUUACACUCAACACUUCAAAAUUGUCUCACUCUUCCUGUCUCCCUCUCUGCUUACAAUUAAAUUUAAUUUCUCCUCGGCCUAUAUCAGUGCCUCUCUCUCUCUCUCUCUCUCUCUCUCUCUCUCUCUCCCUCUCCUGAUACACACUUAAACUGAAUUUAUGCCAGUCAAAUAUUAAAGGUCACAUCCUUUUCUCAGUCUUUCACCCUUUCUAUCUUUCAAUUUUACUCUCUCUCUCUCUCUCUCUCUCUCUCUCUCUCUCUCUCUCUCUUCCUUUCUCUCUGUCUGUCUCUCUCCCUGAGUGUCUCUUUCUCUUUUUCUUUUUUCUCUGUGAUUCUCUGUAUCUCAUGUAUCUUUUAUGGUUUUGACUGAACAAACUGUCUUUCUGUUCCUGUCUCUGUGCACUAAACAGACAGGAUGUUAGUAUUGGUUGGUUUAUACAGGAUGUGCAGGUUUAUACUUCAUAUAACUCCAUAAACUAAUUACAACGCUGCACAUGUUCCUUUUGAAAUAAAUAAACCAAUAAAUCCAUCUGUUUAUGACUCUCUCUCUCUCUCUCUCUCUCUCUCUCUCUUUUUCUCUCUCUCUGUGUUAAUGUGUGUAUGAUAUAGAUAUUGUUUCACCAGUAACUUAGACCAUGUCGUCCCCAAGUCUCUCUUUCUUUCGAACUCUAUCUGUCUUCACAUCUGUAGUGUUGUAUGAGUGUGGUAAGUCAUGGAUCUCUAGACAGAAACUCUGCUAGAGACCCUGAGGGCUUCAUUAGGAGAGACAGUCGACUGUGUGUGUGUGUGUGUGUGUGUGUGUAUAUUUGUGUGAAUGUGUGUGUGUGUGUAUUUGUGUGUGUGAAUGUGUGUGUGUUUGUGUGUGUUAUAUAAGAAUGAAAGUUAGAAAAUGAGGAGAGUGAAAGAAAAGGUGUAUGUAUGAGAGGAACUAGGGUUAUCUUCUCUCCAGAUUAUCUCAAAUUAUUUUACCUCAUUCUUUAACUACAGAAUAUCUGCCCUUCACUUCACUCUUUCACUAACUGAUGUGAACUAAUGAUUAGUUACUGAUGUGUAACUAAUGAUGGCUUACUGUGCAUCAACAUACAACUCAACUGAGUGACCGAAUGUGUCUUUGUGCCCUUCUGUAUUCUGGGAAAAUCUUCACCCUGUAAGGUGGUAUAAUGAUUAUACCUGCACUUUAAAGAAAACUGCUUCAACAUUGAAAUAUAAUUUGUGUCAAAUUUAACCAGUAGUUGAAAUUGCCUUGUUAAGUAUAGAAGAGCUCUGAUUGUCACUCAGGCAUCCCAAAUAACCCAGAAUUUCUAUUCAGCAGUGGAGCUAUGCUAACACCAGCCUGUAGAAGAAUCACUUUCAGUUGCAUCAUGAAUUUUUUAUUUAAAAAAUCAAAAUGGAAAAUUGAUCUAAAGGAUCUAAGCGAAUCUGGUUCAUAUCACAAAGCCCACAUCAAUAUCAAGAUCGACAUAACAAGAACUUUCUGGAUUUAAUCCUUUAACCCAAUCCACCAUAUUUUGUUAAAUUCACUCUAUCAGAGAAACUGUCAGUAAUUGUGGUGCUUGGACCUUUUAUAACAGUGGAUCUGUAAUAACUUCAGACUAGCAGUUAUUAAAUCAAUAAGAAACCUGGCCUUUAACUAUGGGAUGUGGCAAAUUACACUUCAUGUCAUUUCAUAUAUCCAGGAUCUCAAACAUCAGCACAGCACAUCAAAUAUCAUAAGAGUUUUAGUUAGAAAUGAGAUCUCAGCACUUGUUAAAGAGAUUUAAUUCUGGCCUAGGAUGAGGAUUGUCUUUCACCUUCAAGUAACAUUUAAAACCAUUCCUCUAAAAAAAGAUUUUGAGAACAGCUCUCUGGUCCUUCUGUAAGAUAUCAUUUCAUUUAAUCUUUUCAUUUAAUUCUAGCUUUAUUUGUAUAGUACAUUAAUCAAUGGAAAUUGGUUAAUGUACCAAAAGGCAGCUUUAGAGAAAUAUAAAUUCUACAUUUCUACAUGCUAAUAAGCAAACCAGUGCUGAUGGUGGUGAGGAAAAACUGACAACAGAGAUUCUGAUGAUAAAUAAUCUCUUCUUUAACUGUGUUCUAUAGUGCCAAAAAAACAGAUUCAGUUAUUCAGCCAAACUCAGUUAUUUCUUAAUUCAUUACAGUUUUAACUUAAUGUCUAUUGUAUUAAACAACAGUUACUAACUGUGCAAUGAUGGAGAUUUGAGUGCAAACUGUUCUUAACAAUUACAGUCCUAAGGCUAGCCAAGAAACACAUCCACAGUUUUCCUUCUGGAUUCUAACGCUAUCAUUUACAGUAAACUUUUAGUGAUCCUUAGACUGUUCAUGUGGAGCUGUUCUCAGCAGCAGGUUCCAAGUUCAUUACAACAUUCUAGUCACAAAAUGCUUCACUAAACAAUUAUGUUUUCAGCCUAAACACAGAGACUGUGUCUGAAUCCAGAAUAUUACAUGGUUAUUACCAUGUAAUAACAAGCUCUAU